AAUUAAGGAUGGCCGAAGGGAUUGGUAAUAAACUGAAAGGAAAACUAGUACGUGAAAGUGGUAGCCACCAUGAAGAAAAUGAUGGUGUAGAGUUUGGGGACUUGUUAGAGAGACUGAACCUUGGUCAACGAAAGAAAAAGCUUAUCGUUUUUGCUCUUGGUGGACUGCUUUGCCAUAGAGUCUACCGUUAUGAUAGGUCUAGUGUUCCUAGAUUUCGUCUUCCUGACACAUCUUAUGGAAGCAUUUUAGUUUACAAGAGGCCUUACUGUGAAGAUUUCAUGAAGUUUUGCUUGGAUAGAUUUGAAGUGGGAAUAUGGUCCUCUGCUAGGGAAUGGUACCUGAACAAUGCAUUGGACUGCAUAAUGAAAGGAUUAAAGGGCAAGCUGCUGUUUGCAUGGGAUCAAAAUGAAUGCACUAGAUCAGGUUUCUGUACUUUGGAGAAGAAAGAUAAACCUUUAUUUUUGAAGGAUUUGAAUAAAUUGUGGCAAAACAAAUACCUUUGCAAAGGGAAGUAUUCUUCAUCAAACACUCUCUUAAUAGACGACAAGCCUUAUAAAGCGCUGCUAAAUCCUGUAAUUUAUUCAACACAUGGAUAUUUGUUUUUUGUUCUUCAUUUUAAUUCAAACACAACUAUAUUUAUUGAGCAUGAAUAUAAAGUUGAUGAUGUUGAUGAUAUGACUUUAGGUCCAAAUAGUGAGCUUCGUCUUUACCUGGAUGAAUUGGCAAAAGCAGAUGAUGAUAUUCCUUCUUAUGUUGAAAAACAUCCAUUUGGGCAGCCUGCUAUAACUCCACGCCAUCCAGACUGGAACUUUUAUUCUAAGGUUGUUCGUAGUUUUGGAAAGACCUCUUCUUCAAGCGCUAGUUAA